AUGGCCCAAGUGAUGCCCCCAAAACCUCUCUCAAGCCUUGUUCCUCUAAGAGAGAAGAGGCUCUCGUUACCUUCACCUCUCGACUCCUCAUGGAGCCGUCUGGAUAACAGCUUUGCCUUUUACCCUGAUACUCCUCCUCUCAGCUCCUCAUCCUCAGAGUCUGACACUGCCAUCGAUCGAACACUGGGCCACUUCACUCAAGUGACCCAGCAAGACGAGCCGAUUGUUGCAGUAAUUGGCGUUGGCUAUGUCGGCAAACAUCUCGUCAGUUCAUUCUCCUCGAGAUACCAAGUCAUUGGCUUCGAUGUUUCUACAAAGAGGAUUCAGGAUCUCACUGGCGAGUACAAAGACAACACCAAUGUGCAGUUCUCUCGAGAUUCACAGGAUCUUCGAAGGGCAACACACUUCUUGAUCUCUGUACCAACGCUUCUACGGCCUGAUAAGACGAUUGAUUCUUCUUAUCUUCGCGAGGCGUUGAAGACUGUGGGUGAAGUGGCUCGCUCUGGGUCUACGGUGGUCAUUGAGAGCUCUGUAGCUGUGGGUAUGACCCGUCAACUUCUCGGUCCUCUUGCUGCGAGCCGCAGAUUCUUUGCUGGAAUGUCUCCUGAGCGAGUCGACCCCGGGCGCGUCAAACCUCCUGUUAAGUCUAUUCCAAAAGUCAUUUCAGGCUUGGAUGAUAUCACCCCCGGAUCCCUCGACGCCAUCGCCCGAGUCUACUCUACUAUAUUCAACACAAUCGUCCCUGUGUCGAAGCCAGAAGUGGCCGAGAUGAUGAAGCUCUACGAGAACUGCCAAAGGAUGGUUUGCAUCGCUUAUGCUAAUGAAAUGGCUGAUGCGUGUAUCCCACAUGGCAUCGAUCCAUAUGAAGUCUGCGACGCUGCCUCGACGAAGCCAUUUGGCUAUAUGCCAUAUACUCCUAGUGUUGGUGUAGGCGGGCAUUGCAUUCCUGUCAACCCGUUCUACCUCCUUUCCAAUAGCCACUUUCCUCUGUUGGAGUGCGCUACAAUGGCGAUGCAGUCUCGGCCCUCCCGACUAGCUCAGAGAGUACUGAAGACGCUGCGCCAAAAGGCCGUGAAUAGAACACCUCGAGUACUGGUAGUGGGUGUAGGCUUCAAGGCUGGUCAGUCACAGAUAGAUAAUUCGCCAGGUGCUGAGUUGGUCAAAGCCUUAGCUGUUUCGCGGGAAGUAGAUGUCUGUUGGGCGGAUUCUCUUGUCAAACAGGAGGCAUUUCCACAGAUUCAUCGACUGCCUACCGAGGACUGGUGUAGGGAUGUUUUGGAAACAUUUGAUACUAUCGUUGUCGCCUCAAGGCAGCCAGGUUUGCAGUUAGACAUACUCGAUGAGCUUGAAGGUGUUGAGGUUGAGAGAUGGUGCCAAUGA